CUUUUGGUGAGGUCCUUCUUCAACAUGCGAAGUGCCAAGGAGGUCGCAACCUGUCAUGCUUUUGGACGUUGCGCGGAAUUCUCUUAUCCGAAUGAAGCAGCACCACCAUCUCUAGCCAUUCCUCGACUGAAGACUGACAUGGACGUUAAGACUUCAUCAUCGGGCGAGUUGGGCUGGCUGCAGCCACACCACGAGGAUGGCCUGUGGUGGCCUGUGCACGUGCACGGGCGAAACAAGUUCACAUCACCACCACCCCGCGACGUGAUUGAUUCCCCUACAACGCCAGAAGAAGCAGCUGGGACUUACUGUGAAGUGUACAGCUUUGGCACGUACAAAGUCUCGACACAUCCAGCCAAGAGCAUCCAACCAUGGAGCGCCAUGCAGCCCGUCCGAUCCAGUUGGCGCCUUGGUCGACAUGCCAAUGUGUAUCGUCAAGCCCUCGUCGAAGUGGAGGUGAUGGCUACAGUGUUUUGAUGUAUUUACAAGUCAUCCAGAGCUUCCUGAACCACACGAAGCCUUCCGCGAAUGAGCGCGACGAGGACGAGUCGCCGCCAAUCAAGCCCGACGGGAAACACAACGAUGACGACGAUAAUGAUGCCAUCUUUGCAGCCAAUUCAAUUGUGUGGGCAAAGCUGCGUGGCUACCCGUGGCUCCCAGCGUACGUUGUGGACGUCCACCAGUACGACUUGACUCGAGCACAUCGAGUCCCAAGGGAUGGUGGCGUGGUGACCAUUUUGCAGCAAGCCCAACGGGAUCGCAACCUGCGGGUCGUGUACUACUUUCAGUCGCAUAACUUUGGGCUGCACAAGGCGACCGACCAAUCGUUGCAGCCGUGGAUGGGCGACAAGCAUGAUUUGUACGCCAACCCCAAGCCGCCAAGGCAAGGCAGAACCGUGCGACGACGUCACAAAGAGCAACUUUGCGUGGCAUUGCGAGAAGUCGCGGAUCUCCGAGCCAAGAACCAAACCCUCCACGAGUUGCCAUGUACGCUCGUGCUGCGCAAGUUGUGUAGGCAUCGCCGUAACCACGACGUUGCACCCCCCAAAGCCGUUGGAAAUGCUGCGUUCAACGACCAAGACACUCCUUCUAGCCAACCCCCGUUCUUUGGCUCGAAGACGGAGAUUUUGAACCGUUUUGCGUGGAUGAAUCGCGCCACGUGGCUGCCGUGGAUGCCAGUGUUUGUGUUUGACCCGAAAACCACUCCGUCAUUGCGUAGUACUAGUGACACCAGUGGAGCAAAUCGUGCAGAUGGCGACGCGGAGAAGCUUGAAAUGACAUUGCACAAGGGCGAGUGCGCUGUGUUUGACUUUAGCUCCCGCUCAGUGUAAGCUUGGUGUCAUAUUUGAAGCCAUGUAUAUAUAUAUAUAUUCAGCAGCCAGACCUUUAGAAUAAAGUGCAACAAAACCAAGUUGAAGCCGUGGCAUUGUGCUGACGUGGAGGAAUGCAUGAUGGGGAAGCAUACCCAAGACGGACAUGCGACACCGCUAACGUCGCUGUCGAUGGCCCAGUUUGACAAGGCCAUGGCGUGCGCCGAGGGCUUUAUCAAUAUGGCCGUCGACGACGAAUUUGCCGGUUGACACGAGUGCGAAUACAGUAGAUAGCGAGCAUAUAUGCUAAGCUAGCUACGCUCAAUUAUGUUUAAAGAUUUUGCGAGAUUCAACAAGCC